GGAGGGGCGGCGGGCGGCAGCGGGAGCCGGAGUUUCCCCGACAGCUGGAGGUUGCGGCGGCGGCUCCUCCUCCCCGCUCGAGCCAGGGCCCCCCGCGCUCCUCCUUAUUUACAAACACACAAAGGGCCGGGCCGGGGUCGCGUCUGCAGCCGGCAUGGGAGACAAGAAGAGCCCGACCAGGCCGAAGCGGCAGCCGAAACCCUCCUCGGACGAGGGCUACUGGGACUGCAGCGUGUGCACCUUCCGGAACAGCGCCGAGGCCUUCAAGUGCAUGAUGUGCGAUGUGAGGAAGGGCACCUCCACCCGGAAACCUCGACCUGUCUCUCAGCUGGUUGCACAACAGGUUACUCAGCAAUUUGUGCCCCCUACACAAUCAAAAAAAGAGAAAAAAGACAAAGUAGAAAAGGAAAAAAGUGAAAAGGAAACAACUAGCAAAAAGAACAGUCAUAAGAAAACCAGGCCAAGAUUGAAAAAUGUGGAUCGGAGUAGUGCCCAGCAUUUGGAAGUUACCGUUGGAGAUCUGACAGUCAUUAUUACAGACUUUAAGGAGAAAACUAAGUCACCACCUGCUUCCAGUACCGCAUCUGCAGAUCAACACAGUCAGAGUGGUUCUAGCUCUGACAAUACAGAGAGGGGAAUGUCCAGGUCAUCUUCGCCCAGAGGAGAAGCCUCAUCGUUGAAUGGAGAAUCUCAUUAAAGUUUAUUUUCUCCAGUUUCUUUAGUCUCUUCUCUUCAAAACAUGCAAAUACACAACUUCUGCCAACAGCUACCACAUUUUCAUGACAGAUUAUCCAUGCACAAUUGAUAUGUUUACUGGAACAUAAUUUAUGCAGUUUUACAAAAGUGAAGUGAAGCAGUAGAAAUAAUAAUUUAAAUGCAAUCUACAAAUGCCUACAAAGCAUUUUCAGACUAACUUUUUAAUCUUCACAUUUAAAGGUGCCAUGAAAAUGUGGUUUGAAUGUUCAUUAUGCAGUGUUAUUGGUGGAAACUAAAUGGAAAAGAGUAUACUGAGUUAAUGGAUUACAAGAGAGCUGAAUCUGUUUAAAGUAAGCAAUAUAAUGAUAGUGAAUCUCAAUGCAAGAUCCUUUAUGAAAUGUUUCAAUUUUAAAACAAAAUGAAUAUUAACAUAUUUCAGUACUCUUUGCAAACAUCAAAUAGUGAUCUAAUACCUAUAGUUCACUAAGUCAGAACCUUAUUAUUAAAUUUAGUAUAGGUUGACCAUUCAGCACCUGCAACAAGUGUCUUUUCUGUCUAGAGAAGUAGGCAGUCAUUGAUUUAUUUAUUUAGUUAAUUUGCAUGGAAUUGACUACUAAGAGGUAUAAUCUAAUAUCAAAUGAAAGCAAUCCUUAGUAUCUACAAGAGAAAUUUUAAAGUGUGGUUAUUAUCAGAAAAGUGAUUGUAAAAAGAAUGUCACUGGAUUGCUCGUUUUUACUCAAGAAUUUCUAUAUCAAAUAUACUCCAUUUAUGUAAAAUUGCCAGCACUACAUACUCCACCUAGAGUUUGUAAUUAAGUUGUAGUAUUGGGGUUAUGUAAGAGGUGUAAAGAACAAUGAUAAUGUAACCAAACGUUAGCUUGCCAUUCCUGUAGAUGCAUGAAACACAUCAGAAUUUUUGCUCUUCUAUAGCAAAAGUGGUGUGACAGUGCUGAUGCCAGAGUUUAAAAAAAAUAAUCAGCGAAGUAAGGAGAUCUGACUCUCUACUCAUAACAUUAUAACUAUACUUUAAACCAGCCUCACUUCCAUAAUCUCUGAAGAAGUUUUCAGUUGGUUUAUACCAAGUCCUUUCUUCAACUCUGUAAAUUCAUAAAAAAGGUCUACUCUAUCUUUACUCAGUUUGUAGAAUGUAAAAACCUAACACUGUAACUCAUUGUUAGUUAUUUUUCUUUUACUGUUCUCUGCAUAAUAACUGAUCAUCUGUUACAUUCUAAGUCUGCACCAACCUUCAUCAGCCGAGCAUUUUGCGUGGUUACAUGAGAUGAUCCAACAAAGAUGAAUGUGAUGAUGCUCCAUGUAAAUAAGUUCCUUUGUGCAUUGAUUGUCCACUGUUUCAAAAACAAAAAUAAUAAGAUGCAGUUAAUUCACUGUAAAGGUGUAAAAUAAUUCAAUGUUUUGUCAUCCUGUUUUUUGCCACUAAUUAUAGCUGGCAUAAGGAAAUACUGAAAUAUACAAUAGUAAGGUGUGAUUUAUUUUUUUACUUCUGAAUUUCAAAGUCUGCAUAAUAGAAGCAAUCAAAAUCUGUACCAAGUAAUACCAUGUCAAAAUCUGCAGUGUAAAAUGUUGACUCUUAAGAUUAGUGAUAGGAAAAAGGUUAUAUUCAAAGGCUUAAUUUUAAGUUUUGAUGCAGUGACUAGUCUUGAAACAAUCAAGAUUAUGAUCUAAAAUGUUACCCUACUGUAUGUGUUUCUCUAGCUAUUUGAUGUUAUAUGGCAUAGAUGAUAUAGUUCGAACAAUUUAAGAUUAUGCAGUAUUCUGCAUUUUAGAUGUGUGUGGGUUUUUUUUGUUUUUUUUUUUUAAUGUGGUCAGAGGCAGUGCAUUUAUCUACCCAUGUAAAAUAGAAUGGAUAGGUGGCUCAUGCUUUUCCCCUCCCACCCCUCUGUAGCCCCAGGACGUGUCUUCCAAGCUCCACACAGUGGUCUAGUUCUGUCCUGUGGCAGAAGUAGCCUAAGGUUGCCUCACCACUCUGGCACAUGUGGGGACGCUUACAAAGUGCACAAAUAGGGAGGCAAUUGAUUAGGUCUGGGUGAUUAACCAGUUAACAUGAGGAUUAACUUGUCAGCUGGGGACUGUUAAACUGGAGACAGGAAGGCAGAGGGGGAAAGAGAGGCUGGAAAGAAGGGCAAAGACACUUAGGACCUCUUUCCCCUUCCCUCCCCCCAUGCCUAACAGGUCUGCUGAAACUUGGGGAAAGCCUUAUGGUGACGGGACAUGAAGCUGCAUAAAACAUUGAAAAUAAAGUGCACUGUGGUGAAUUUACAUAAGAAUGUGUGAGGACUGCUUGCAAAGGAAGGUCCAGGGUGAGGGAGCCCACCCAGUGACAUGCCCUUUGUAGUUUUAAUUCUUUCUCUCCUCUUCCCAAAAGUGGGAAGACUUCCCAGAUCAUGCAGCUAGCUGUGCUUAUGAAAUAUAGGAGGGAACUAGUGAUAGACCUGUCAAGUGUGUGCUUUCAUUAAAAUCCACUUUUUUUCUCUCUCUGUAUCUAAUCUAUUUCUCUCUCCCUUACAUGCCUUCUGAUACUACUACUACUACUGUCUACUAGAGAGAAGGGCUGAAACCAAUUUCCUUUGGAGUAGCAGAAGUCAUAGCAGAGGUAGAUGAAAUCAAUUUUUCCCCCUGGCAAUUGCAUGUUACCACAUCUGUAGUGGGUUUGAUCACUAGGAAAAGCUAGCUCUGGAGAUAAGUUCAAAAUGUUAAUACAGUUAUUGGAUAGUGGACUAGUCCAAUGCUAGGCAUGUUUAGCUAGCAACACAUUCUCUUAGCAAAUUGGUAAGAUUUGAGGUUGUUGGAAAUGUCACUGGAAGAGUAGAGCUAUAAAAGGUUGGAUAUCAUUUCUUACCUGACUUCAGAAGCAUGAGUCUCGUUUGAAGGUAUAUAUUGCACCUACUAGUAAGUAGAUCAGCUUGACUUUUAUUUUUUUUUCUCCUGCUUCACAAGUAUUUCAAGGCAAUAUUUCUGUAGCAGGAGGAGGAAAAAGAAAACUGUAGUGUAAACAAAAGCCACAAAUUUGAGCCUAAUUGAACACUAAAACAAAACCAACAACUCUCUCCUAACACCAUUUUAAUGAAAAGCAAUACAAUCAAUCUAGGAUCUAGUUAAAAUAAGAAAAAAUACUUUGCAAGUCUUGUUACGAACAAGUACUUUACAAACAUUUUAACCUCCCCUAUCCAUCUGUAUGCAUUAGGUAAAUAGUAUUAUUCCCAUUUUGUAGGUAAGAAAACAGGAUUUACAACUUAAAUGACUUGCCCAACAUGUCACACAGGGAAAAUUGGGGUAGAGUUAACAAAUAAUAAUUUAUGAAUAUGCUACUUCAUUAAACUAAUCAACCUGGUCCUUUGGCUCUAGAGGUAGAGGCUCCUGCUUUUAAAUUCAGAGAUUCUGUGUUCAAACCUGGCAGACAACCCACCCAGAGAUAUAAAUUACCAAUUCCAUUAGUUCAAGGUACUAGCAAAGAAAGUGGCUAGUCUAGCCAUUAAAGAAAGACAAAGAGCCACUUGGUGUUAGCCUGGGCUACAUAAGCAGAGAAGAUAGUGAUAGAAUAUAUGUGCCAAAGGUGUUAAUGUAACCCAGUCACUGUCAAACAUUAAACAAUUUGAACAAGGGAUUUGGUGUACAGAGAUGUCAGCCUGCUUAGUACCAUGGCACAAACAUCAUUAAAAAGCCCUUUAACCUUAUAUUAAAGAUAGAGAAGAGAAGGCAAAACAGUUAAAGCAUUUACAAUGUGAAGUAUUAAAUAAGACUUUCAUUUUAAAAUUUCUUGUUCCCUUUCCCUUCAGGAUGGAGAGAGUUUUAGAAGGAAAAAAACCCUUGUUUGACAGUCUCUUUGAUGGUAUUAAUGAUGGCAGUAACUAUCCAUCUGAGAAAAAAGUUAGUUGAGAUGAGCAAGAGCUGGAGCUGUUGUUGCUGUUAAAAUCCUUUCAUCCCAGCCAAUAGGCUGGUGAUGUCCUUUGGGUCCCUCUCUCUGGCCUGGUGUGGUCAUUUUUCCAGAUGAGGAUGAAGAAGUCCCAGGAGAUGGUAGUGGCAGCCCUGAUGAUGAAGUUUGGUUCAGUAGUCUCCAUCUGUUAUUUUAAGUAUGUGUUACGUAUUUUUGUUCUUUCACAUUUUCCCCACAAAAUCUUUCUUUUAAGGACCCAGAAAGGGAUUGAUGAGUAGAAUAGCCCCUCCUCUUAUUAUUUUGUCCACCAACUAGGCCUACUAUCCAAUGUACCAAUUUUGGCUCAUUAACUUCUGGCUCCACAUCUGUUUUUUAAUGCAUAAUUUCAAUCCAAUCCUUGAAUCAUCUCAACUUUACCUUCUUUAGCCUAAUUUAGUUAUUCUGUCUUCCUUUUGUACCUUUUCCCAUCAACAUUUGUUGGUUUAUUUUAACACUUUAUGAACUUUUACAUACUUUUUAGUUGCGCUCACAAUUCUUGAAAAUUUGUUGGCCACAGCCACUGUUGUGACAAUUGGGCCUAAGUUCUGACCUUUUUUAGAAGAUAUAUUACUGGUUUCCCCGAAAAAGAGAAUAUCUAUCUCAGACUGAUCCUUCUUUGCAGAGAAUAAAUCAAAACCAAGAUCUAUUGAGUGUACAGUUCUCUAGGCAAGAGAAUCUACCAUCAGGUUUGUCUUCCCUAACACAACAGCCAACAACUAUGAGAGAUUCUCUUUGACACUUUUUAACUAAGUUUAGUAUUGGUUAAGUAUCAUAACUCCACUUGUAAAGGAAAUAGACUCUGCUCUAACAUCUCUUUGAAGUCCAGGGCCAAUUUCACUGCUAGCGUAAGUGGAUGCGAUUUGUUUGAAAUAAUAAAUUAUACUUGAUUAUGCUAGUGGUCAAUUUGACAGACACACACACAUUUCCCCUCCCCCUCCCCCCCAGUGUUCCUGAGCCAUUGAAUAGUUUAGGUAUUUCUACAAACUAAAACUUGUGUGUGAUGGAUGAUCUCCCAACUCUGCUCUAGUUUUUACAUAACUUUUCCUUUCUAGAUAAGUGAUAUAUAGGGAGAAUUUUUGCUAAAUGGUUUUCCUUUGUACACUCAUGGGAGCUCUCUAGUUGAUGAGACUGGCAUUCAGAAUGCCAGUUACCACUUUGGUUCUCAGAUUCAUAUCCCUGAAAAGGACUGCUUCUAUCACUUGAAGGAGGCUUUCACUCAUAGGAAAGUAGGUGGGAUAUGUUCUAGAGCUUGAUGAAGAAGUGUCCCCCAAGUGACACAUAGUACCUGAAGGCUUUUGCAAGGUGCAGGAAAGAAGCUUUGGAGAGGCAGCCAAGGGUGGAUGGAGAGGUAGAUCUUCUGCCAAAAAGAACACACAGAGUUUUCACCAUCUCCUUAUGGAGAUCCUGGGGAGAUGGCCUCUUAUCUCCAAGAUGUAUCUCAAUACUUUUUGUUGGAUUGAAGAACAGAGAGGAUUAUAGCAAGAGAAAAAUUAUUUUGUAAAUCUCUGAAUGAUGACUAGAAAGUCUUCCUACUUCUGUGUUUAAAUAAAAAAAACUUCAUGAGCUAA